AUGGAGCAGCCCCGCCCUUCGCCGCCGCCGACCCUCUCCGCGCAGGAGUGGGAGCACCUCCUCGACGACUUCUCCUCCCCGCCGCCCCGCCGCCACCACUGGCUCCACCUCCCGCUCCUCGACCUCGCUCUCGACGCCCCGCCGCUGGCCGGCCUCGUCGACGCGCUCCUCGCCGCCGCCAACCGCCCCAACCACGCCACCGACCGCGCCGCGCGCGCCCUCGCCUGCGACGCGCUGCGGGCCCUCGACCACGCCCUGCCGGGCCUCCUCGCCGACGUGCUCGGCCACGCCUACGCGCUCGCCUCCGCCGAGCGCUCCCCCGCCGCGCAGUCCUACAUCCUCCUGCUCGCCUCCGCCGCCCGCGCCGUGGUCCGCCUCGGCAGGCUCGGAUCCCCCGCCUCCAUCCUCGCCGUCUCCGGCCCGCCCACCCCCUUCUCCGUGCCCGCUCACCUCCUCUCGCCCUCGCCACCAGCCCCCACAACCGCCCGCCCGUCCGACCAGAACGUGAGGGAGAUACGGAAGGUGUUGGCCCUGAUCAUGGAGCGGCCGCAGGUGCUGACCCCCGCCGCGGCCAUGGAGGUCGCAGCGGUCGUCGCGGAAGUCUCAUCAGCAGUGCUCAAGUGGGCGCCAGCCAUCGCGGCGCAGGUCAAGGUGCAGUUUGGCGGGAUGGUGCACUCGUCCAGCCCGCUGCUGCUGCACUCGCUGCUCAUGCUCUUCGUGCACUUUCCCGGAGCGUUCGGGCCCGAUGAUGAGCGCAAGAUGGCGCGCCGCCUUGCGCUGGCCGCCUGCGAGGCGCACCGGCCGCUCCUGGUGCGGUUGCUCGCUCUGCAUUGGCUGCUUGGUUCCGAGAGGUUCAGAGUUUCGGUGCCUGGACUCACCCGAUGGUUCUACCCUGGAAUGUUCGACCCCCUCGCUCUCAAGGCCAAGAAGCUGGAUUGCCUUGGGUUUGCUGCUGCUAGCGUUCACACUGAUAAGGUUGGAGGAGGCCAGCAGACAACUGAGCUCAUCGAUGAUGGCCUAGUCAGCGUUUCGGCCUUCAGGUGGCUCCCGCCAUGGAGUACUGAGACGGGUGUUGCAUUCAGAGCGCUGCACAUGGUUUUGGUUGGCGCUGCCCCUCACAGCGCCAAUCACACAGGUGGCUCCGGAGCUGGUGAGCUCCUGAAUUCUACUACCUUCCACCAUUUUCAGGCUAUGUUGGUUGAUAUGGCAUCAGAGCAUCGGAGUUUAGUCCCAGUGAUCGCUGAUUUCAUCAACCGCCUGCUAGCAUGCACCACACAUCGGUGGCUGGGGGAACAGUUGCUUCGAACCAUUGAUGAGUCCCUGCUUCCGAGGCUUCAACCGGGCUACCAGCUUGCGUCUUACUACCCUCUAUUCGAGAAAAUUGCACAGAAUGAGGCAGUCCCUCAGCUCCGCCUAAUCGAAUUGCUCACCAAGCAGAUGGUUUCUCUUGCCAAGACGCAUGACCCGGACACAGAACUCAAGUCCUGGUCUCAGGGCAGCAAGGUUGUGGGUAUUUGUCGUAUCAUGCUGAAGCACCAUCACAGCUCCCAUAUAUUCCUUCCCCUCUCCCACCUACUUGUGCGCACCAUCGAGUCAUUCCCAGACCUAGAGAUCAGGGACCACGCAAGGAUAUGUUUGCGGAUGUUAUCUUGCAUUCCUGGCAAAAAACUGAGGAAUCUCAUGGAAAUUGGAGAGCAGCCCACACCCUCGCAUCCGGGUUCCAUGUUUGAUGUCCCAUCACCACAUCCUUCUCAAGAUCCUAAUAGCAUGCCUAGUUUGGCAUCAUACAUUCAUCUUGAAAGAGUUGUGCCGUUGGUUGUGAAGCAGUCAUGGGCCCUCACAUUGCCUAAUUUCAGUGUCCAGAGCAGAGCAUCUGGCCACAUUCUAAGUAUACAGGAUGUGACUGCCACUCCCCCGGAGCAAGAAAAGCCACCACAACCUACCAUCGAGAGAAUUGGCUAUACACAGGAAGCACUACGCGUGAUGGAUUCAAGGGGGGCUGAAACUUUGGAAAUCCUUAGAAGGCACUUUUCAUGCAUUCCUGACUACCUGCACUCAUCUGGUUUCAAGAUCAAAAUACAUUGCACGUUUAGAUUUGAUUCUGAGCCAUUUAACACUGCUUGGGGAUCUGAUUCAGCUGUUUCACGUCCUGAAGGGGAAGAUGAGUUGCCUGCCCUUUAUGCAGUGACAAUUACCUUCUCAUCCAGUGCACAGUUUGGGAAGGUUCCCUCAUGUCAUGUGCCUUUCCUUUUGGGUGAGCCUCCAAGUUCCGGUGUGGACAUUGUCCCUGUAGAUAACUGCCACCAGGAAGAAUCAAGUUACCGUGCAUCGGUGGUGAUAGAACUGGAGCCUCGAGAGCCGUCACCUGGUCUUAUUGAUGUUGACAUCGCAGCAAAUACAGAGAACUGCCAAGUUGUAUCUGGUUCUCUUCUGCCGAUUACAGUUGGCAUCGAGGACAUGUUUUUGAAGGCUAGCUUACCUCCCGAUACUCCGGAAGAUGGUAUAGCUGAAUAUUACCAGGACCUGUUUCAUGCUCUAUGGGAGGCCUGUAACAGUUCCUCUAACACAGGCCGUGAGACCUUCCCUUUGAGUGGAGGGAAAGGGUUAGCUGCAAUUAGUGGAACCCGCUCUGUUAAGCUUCUUGAGGUGACUCCAAAGGUUUUGAUUGGAGCUGUUGAGAGAUACCUUGCUCCUUUUGUUGUCAGUGUCGCUGGGAAUUCACUCAUCACCAUUCUAAGGGGUAAUGGAGUCAUUAAAAAUGUUGUAUGGGAAGAAAGUGACUCAAAUGGUACUGUUGGUGCUGAUGCAUUGGUCCCAUACUCCAUGGAGAACAAUCUCCAGCUUCAGCACAUUGAUGAUGACGAAAUCGGGAUUGGUCUGGCAAGGUAUGCUCAUAUAAGCAAGAGAGAUAUGGGUGUCGUGCGUGUUCUGAUAUUCCUGCCACCUAGGUAUCACCUCCUCUUCUUAAUGGAAGUAGGCUACUCCUCCACACUGGUCAGGAUAAGAACAGACCAUUGGCCAUGCUUGGCAUAUGUUGAUGAAUAUUUGGAAGCAUUGCUUUAACAGGGAAGGUCUUGGCCAAGAGUUUUCAGUUUUGUACCUUAUGUAAGAUUAAAGAGCAUACUAGUGCGAGAUAGUGUGUUUCUUUUCAUUUUUGGGGGGUUUCUUUUUCUGUAUUGUACCAUGAGCGUUGGAGCAUCAUUCUUUUUGCGGGUUCAGAAGUGUAAUUUCCAGGGGAGAGGGCAGUUUUGUUCAUUGAUCAUCAUCAAGAAUAUGCAAUUGUUUAUACCCUUUUAUUAAGUUCCCAUUAUAUGCUAUUUCCACCAGCUAUGUAAAUCUGAGGUUUUCUUUCA